GACAUUAGUGCCGGUAUGCCCCGGGUCCCCGACGAUCUCAACGGAGCAUAGUAAUGGCACCACGAAUAACGGCGCUCUCGGCGAGGACCUUUUGAACGGGAAGAAAUACACGGUAGGACAAAAACCCGAGGGGAUAAAAACUUGUACGAAAGGCGUGGAAUUUCCCGAGGAAACUAGUAACUGUAGUAAAACAAGGCGUGAUUUCAUCAAAGCGGCGCAAAAUGUUGUAAGAAUGAAACAGAAAACUGGCAGUUCUCAACAAGACAAACUAACAGCAGUUGUGUUGUUACUGGUAGGGAUUUUGGCCUUGACUGUAUUACCCUACUUGCUAGCGUCGCAGAUUUUGCUUGGGUAUUGGAUGUUUUGUAAAUGUCCACCACCGAAUGUGCUAAUGCUAUUCCACCGCUAUUAUUUUCCAAUCGAGCUGCUAAAUUUUGCAGUGAAUCCGCUGGUAUAUGCCUGGCGGCUCCCGCAGUACAGACGUUCGUUAAAGUACCUGUGCUCUAAAUACCAGGCCAACUCAGAGGCGAGUCAAGGCUGGGCGUCGUUCCGAAGUGGAAGCUUUCGAAUGCGAAGAGAGUAUACCUCCCAAUAG